CAAGACAGCUGCGAUUUUCUGCGUAACUUACGUAAAAUAAAAACAGUACAACGAAUCGUUCGCGAACUUGAAAAAUUCGCAUCAAAUUCGCAGUCGGUUCAUCGCCAGGGUCACGCUGCGGCUGAUCAAAUGCUUCGAUUCGCUAUUAAAACUGGUAUAGCCGGCGGUACCGUGUACUACACCAAAAAAGAAGGCAUUUGGGAUGAAAACACGGAAAAGGUUUACGAGCGUUACGCCGCCGCAUUGCGGCCACAUGUGCAGUCGCUGAAACAACAAAUUCCCAUGGAUGUACCAGCGCUUCCGUCCAGCGGCGAGAUGUGUUUUGUUACUAAACACUAUUACAAUGAAGGCGUGAAGAGCACGAUUCACUUCAUCCGUAAGAUCCCGUGCUACGCUGGACAAUUGGCGAUGAAAGGAUCGAAUGCCGUAAAGAAAGUUCUGGAUGCCCAGCCACAAACACCUACUGUCGAAGCACCGCAGGAUAAAAAAUAAACAGUUCUCUGUCGACAAUCAACUUCAUUGUCGAUUUAAUAAAAAGUUUACAGCAUAUGAA